AUGCCUGUCUGCCAGGCACAUCUGGAGCCCGGUGGGAAGCUUCCCUGGUCACCUGUAUACCCAGGCCUGUUUCUGAUCUCGUGUGCACCGUAUCGGGCAGCUGUGGUUUCCAGAGCUGUGAUACUCAAUGACUCGUCCUAUAGUCUUCAUGUUUUUCCCAAGGGCCAGGGAAGAUGGGCCAGGCUGUGGGAAAUACCCCGCGGAGGCUGGUUGGAGAUAGUGACUGACUCCCUCUUGAUAGCCUAUGAGUUCAGCUACAGCAUGGGCAAAGAGCGUGCUACCGCAGCGGUGUGUGGUGCAGGGAAGAGCCACCCUUGGCCCCAGUCUCCAGUCUCCGAGCUCCUGCUGACGCCGGUGUUGGCAGAGCCGUGGGCUCUUGGGGCGGUGCGCCUCUGGCUGAUGGAGACCUUCCUCUUCCUGAUGAUGGGCACCUGGCUUAUGCAAGCCGCCUUUAUUCUCUACAAAUCAGUCUCUGGCUACCCGUGGGAGGACGAUGACAGCAUGUUUGUCACCACCUCCUUCUGCCGGCAUUUGGUCAUCAGUGCCUUGUGCCUGCUGGGAAUCUACAGUUUUGCUUCCUUUUGGUAUCGCCAUUGCAGUCCCAGCUUGAAGCUGAGAGGGUCCAAAAAGGCUCCGGAUCCUGAGAGCUCAUCCAGACCUCUCCCCAGGUGGUUGCGGGAAGCCGAGCAGCUGGAGAAGGACCAGCGGGCUCUCCUCCUUGCAAAGGGCCCCGCCUGUGGCAGGGCCCAGAGCACCUAA